AUGGGGAGAGCUUCCCCUCCCGCUCCAGUCCUCGCGCUCGGGGUGCUCGUCUUACUCGCCGCGCUGCCUUCCCCGGCGGCCGGGGUCAACGUGACGGCCGUGCUCGCGGCGUUCCCCAACUUCUCCGACUUCACGCGGCUGCUGGCGUCCAGCCCGGUGGCCGCCGAGCUGGCCGGGCGGUCGUCGCUGACGCUGCUGGCCGUGCCGAACGCCAACCUGCCGCGCUCGCCCUCCGCAUUCGCCGCGGCCUCCGGCGCCGACCUCGCCGACGUGCUGCGCUACCACGUCCUCCUCGAGUACCUCUCCCCGUCCGACCUCGCCCGCCUCCCCGCCUCGGGGAAGCUCGUCACCACGCUGUUCCAGACCACCGGGCGCGCGCCCUCCGACUUCGGCGCCGUCAACCUCACGGCCGUGGCAGCCGCGGGCAGCAACUCCACCACCGUCGUCGUCCGCUCACCGUCCCCGUCCCCGGGGCCGUCGAACGCCACCGUCCUCGGCGCCGUCACCUCGGAACCCUACAACAUCAGCGUGCUCGCGGUGGGCGGCCUCAUCGUGCCCUCCGGCCUCGACAUCGCGGCCUCCGGCUCCGAGACGCGCCCGUCGCCCGCGGUCAACAUCACGCGCGUCCUCUUCGACGCGCGGGGCUUCAACGUGGCCGCGUCCAUGCUGGAGGCCUCGGGCGUCGCGGACGACCUCGAGGCCGACGAGCGCGGGGCCGGGGUCACCGUCUUCGUCCCCACCGACGACGCCUUCGCCGACCUCCCGGCCACCGACCGCCUCCAGUCCCUCCCCGCCGACCGCAAGGCCGUCGUGCUGCGCUUCCACGUGCUGCACUCCUACUACCCGCUCGGCUCCCUCCAGUCCAUCGUCAACCCCGUCCAGCCCACGCUCGCCACCGAGUCCGCCGAGGCCGGCCGCUUCACGCUCAACAUCACGCGCUUCAACGGCUCCGUCGCCAUCGACACCGGCGUCGUGCAGGCCACCAUCACCCGCACCGUCUUCGACCAGAACCCCGUCGCCGUCUUCGCCGUCUCCAAGGUUCUGCUGCCCAAGGAAAUGUUCGGCCGGGGGAGCACCGAUGCCGCCGCGGGGGCUGCUGCGGCGCCUCCGGCCAGCAAAUCCCCGGACGUCCCUGGUGGCGUGGGGACGCGGCCGGCGAAGCUCUUCUCGCCGCCAGCCCUGCACGGCGGCACGGACAUCAAGCCAUCGUCGGCGUCGGCAAGGGCAUCGGCAAAUUGGCGGUGUAUAGGAUUGCUCUACCUGUCACUAUUGCUCCUACCUCUGGUAUGA